UAACAGGGGCUCUGGAGCCAGGUGUUUUAGCCUACAAAGACCUGGCACCCAUUAACUGAGUAAGUACCAGCACAGAAAACUUCUAGGAGCAUCUACUGAGAAGAGACAAGCCCAAAUGCGCUUUACAACACCACCAAAUGAGGUUAACUCAGCCUGAUGGAAUGGCCUUAGGAGAACUGACAGCAAGGCUGUGAAAAAUGGAUAGGUACAUGUCAUGGUUUUGUGAUUUUUUUUGUUGUCGGUAUUCCACAUCUUAACAUCAUGUAAAGCACUGACAGUUAAAGAGUUAAUCUUCUGGUUCUCGGGAGUGCCAUUUUUGGGUGCUUGGUUCUCCGAGGUGGAGGGGAGGAGCUGCACGCCCCAGGAGUCUUUGCGUCUGGAGGGGCUGGUGAAGCUGCCUGGUAGACGGGGAGUUCUCUCUUCAUAUGUGGUAGAGAAGCACGUGGUCCCCCUGCAGCUUACAGAAAUGAUGAAUUGACUUUGCCUGUUGCUGAAGAGUCUCAUCUCCUUAAUGCAUUGCAGAUAUGUCUAAUGGACGCAAGCUGUCAGGGUCUGGCAGUAACCAGUCCCCACCAAAAAUAUUUUCCCCUGGGACUGUUCCAUCAGAUUCCAGCUCUGCUCUCACAGAGGAAAAUGUGAAAAGGCUGGAAAAGAAGUACGCUACUUCUGAGGAAGCCUUCAAUAAGAAGAGAAUACGAGAUUAUAUCAAGCAGAGUAAUCUUGCUCUCUCCCGCAAUGAGAAAACUGGGGAAACCAGCACGGAGAUUGUCUGGGAUGAAGAGCCUGAAGGAGCCUCCUCAUCCUUUCCAGCAAAUCAGGGGGAAAACAGCAAAGAAGUUUGCCAGAGCACCUAUGCAGUAGUUCCAAGGAAAGAUAAGUCAUUAACAGCACAGGCGAUAAACUCUCCAUCAGCUCAUCCCACUGGCUCUAAGCCAAAGGAAUCCAAUGGCAGGAAGCAUGACGUGGAAGAUCAGAUGACCCAGACAGAGUGGAGCUACUCAGAUGAGACCCUGGCUGGCAGGGAGGAUGAUGUGGUGACGCUUUUCAGAGACACUGAGAUUUUCUCCGAAGCACAAGUGAGUGAGGGGUCAGCUGAAAGAGAGGAAGAGGCAAGAGCAGAAGAGGGAGAGGAGAAGAGCCCAACAGACCAGUGUGAGCAAGCUGUGUGUGAGUCUGCUGAACCUGCUCACAGAAGUCCAAGUCCAGAGUCAGAGGAGGAGGAGUCAUCCAGCAGAGAAGAGCAGGAGGAUAAUGGGAUGGCAGCUGCCCUGCACACAGCUGAGGAAACUACUGUAACUGAAGAGUCUGCAAGGUGUACCUUCUGCGGUGCUCCUGAAAAACCAAUCCCAACAGCAGCAGAUGUGAAGGAAAAACCAUGGGAAAACCUCUUUUGCUGCAGGAGCUAUAAGCAGGUAUUCAGCGCUGCCGUCCAAGACCUGAUGAGUGAAGAUGAAGCAGAGGAUGAGAUGGACUCUGCUCCCCACACUAACAAUUUACAAGCUGAGUUGCGAAGCGGCAUCAAGGAGAAGGUGUUGCAACAGUUAGAUGAGGGAGGCUUUAAGAACUACAGGGAAGUCCUUCAGCAGUAUUUGACAUGUGUUUCCCGGAACAGAAUCUCUUUCAGACUCUCAAAACCCAAUGACUACACCAUCAGACCAAAGACUGACCCUUUCACAAAGCACCAAUCAACAUUGGCACCUCUAGAAGACCUACUUGAGAUGGACAAGGAUUUUGUUGCAGAGCACCUAAAGCUCUGCCGCUCUCCCAGCCCUGUGAGGAGAUGCUAUCCCGAUGGACAGACAUUUUAUCUCCUUUUCCCAGAUGGAAGCGGUCAGGUUUACUACCCAUCAGGCAACAUAGCCAUCCUGAUUGCAUUCACUGAGGAAGCACAGUUCACCUACGUCAUCCUGGAGGAUGACAGGCACCCAAGGAUUCGAGCAGCCUUCAGGAGCCGUGGCCACGGGGUCACCUUCCACUCCAAUGGAUGCCCCAGGACCAUCCUGAGCCCUUGCACUGGGAUCUGCUUUGACCAAGCAGGGGUGAGGCAGAAGCACUGGAACUGGCACGACCUCAGCCACCACAUCCACCGCCCUCCCUUCCAGCCCAUCACCAUGAAACUGAACGCCCACCUCACCCUUAAAAUUGCAGCUCAGGAUAAAAUUCACCUAUGGUUCGCGAGCCGCAACAACUGCAUCCGCUUUAAUUCGGGGGCCCGGCCCAAGUUGAAAGACCCGAAGACAAGCCACCUGCUAAAAGGAUUUGAAGACGAAGAGGAGCGCUUCCUUCAGUCCAAAAAGAUUCAGCUCAGGAGCCUGCUCUCCAAAAUAGAGACAGUUCUGCAAUAGCUUCGGCAAUCU